CCCACCUCCUUCUUUCCCCAAAACCACCGCCGCCGCUGCUCUCCUCCUUCCUCCUUCCUCCCACCUCCUUCCACAAACCUAUUCGACUUGCUGAAGGGUAAUCGUCAAGAUUCCUCCUGUUGAAGUCCGGCCGAACCCAAUUUAGGGUUUUCCCCAUCCCAUCCAAAUUCGCUGGGCGGGGAGAAGAUCUCUCCGCCAUUAAUCUGCCGCCCUUCCUUCAUCUUCUUCCUCUGUCAUUCCCAAUUCCAAAAAAAUCUUAUUUCAACUCUUAUUCUUCUUUUCUUUUCCAUUGAUUCAAUGCCGGCUCCUCUAAUUCCUCAAUUGCUACUCCUCUUCAUUCUGGGUACUGCUAAUUUCUUCCCAAUCGGGGUCGUUUCCACAACCAUCACAAUCACCAACCAGUGCGACUACACGGUAUGGCCGGGCAUUCUCUCCAACGUCGACGUGGCGCCGCUGCCCACCACCGGAUUCGUGCUCCAGAAGGACGAGACCCGGACCAUCUCCCCGCCGGCCUCCUGGGGCGGCCGCCUCUGGGGCCGGACCCACUGCUCCGAGGACUCCACGGGCAAAUUCUCCUACAUCACCGGAUUCUGCGGCUCCGGCCAGGUCGAGUGCUCCGGCGCCGGCGCCGCUCCCCCCGCCACGCUCGCCGAAUUCAAGCUCGACGGCUACGGCGGCCAGGACUUCUUCGACGUCAGCCUCGUCGACGGCUACAACCUCCCCGUCCUCAUCUCGCCGUAGGGCGGGUCGGGCCAGAACUGGUUUGCGGGAGGAGGUGGGAGGAAGGAGGAGAGCGGCGGCGACGGUGGUUUUGGGGAAAGAAGGAGGUGGGAGGUGCCGAGGUGGGAGGAAGAAGGGUUGGGUCAUGGGUUGGGUUGGGUUGGUUUUAAUGACGUGGCGGGUUAUAAUGACGUGGCGGGUCGGGUUUUAUUUUUGUUGGGUUAUAUCCGGCUGAUUAGGCAAUUCUGUUUGCCACAUCAGCACUUAACGGACUUCAUUAACGGAGUUGGACGGAGACUAACGACGAGUGACUAAAUGCGUCCAGUUUUA